UUCUGAUACCGAGGAGGGAUUAGUGAGAAACACCCCGGGACGACAUCGGCUCCAGAGUUUGUCGGCCACCGGGUAUCACAGUUUUCUCCGAACAGAGGAUAGCCUUUACUAUUUUCAACACUUCGGAGAUUUAGGGAUGAACUGAGGAUGAAUGUAAACCAGCACACUCCAAUGGCCUCUCCAUACGGCCAGCCCCAGCCUGGCUACAGCCAGCCCGGCUACACUCCCCUGGAUGGAGGUUACCCCGCCCCCUACCCACCCUACAACGGCCCUGCUUCAGCUUACCAGCCUGGGGUUCCGCCACAAGGUCCUGCCAGGGGUCCUCCCACCUCUGGACCCCCGCCGGUCUCAGCGCCUCAACAAUAUAAUCAGUACAGUCACAGUCAAGGGGAUAUGCAGAAUGGACCCCCACCUAUGACGCAAGCGCCACCCAGGCCUGCCGCUUCGCAGCCAUACAACCAGGGAGCUAUGAACCUGUCAGGGCCGCACCCCAGCUAUCCCCAACACUACGGGCCCCAACCCACAGUACAGCAGGUGACCAACCAGAUGACUGGGAUGCAGAUCACCUCCGGACCACCAACCCCAGCAGGGCCAGGAUAUGUUCCACCUCACAGCUCCCAGCCUCCUGUCAGUACCGCCUACUCAGCCGCACCUCAGCCCUCCUACACCCAAGCUCCUCCCCCCACGUCCUCCGCUCCCACCCAGCCACCACCUCCAAGCGGCCCUGCAACUUCUCAGCAAUACUACGGAGGCCCACUGCCUCCUUCGCAACAGCCAUUCAACUCUUCUCUUCCCCCUACCUCUCAACAGCAGUUCACCUCCUCUGCGCCGCCGCCUCCUUCCUCUCAGCAAACCUUUCCUCCCUCCUCCUACUCGGGUCCCAUGCCUCCACCCAGCCAAGCUCCUGCUCCCCCAGCGUCCCAGCCACAGCAGUCCUUCCCCCCAUCCCAGCCCCCCUUCUCCUCAGCACCUCCACCUGUCAGCCAGCCUGCCUUCAUCUCCGGUCCGCCUCCCCCAGCCCAGGGCUCCUUCCAACCUCGAGCACCCCCUCCUUCCUCUCAGCCUGGAUCUUUCCCUCCUCCUGGUCCUCUUCCAACCUCAACUCCCUCCGGCCAAUACCCAGGCCCAAUGCCACCCCAGCAGCAGCCCCCUCCAUCCCAACCACCCCCGUAUCACUCAGGUCCACCUCCUCCCAGAGCUCAGAUGCCUCCCACUUCUAUGGCUCAGAGCAACCACCUGCCUCCAGGACCGCAAGGCCCACCGGGCCCCCCUGGGCCCCUGCAGCAGCCUCCAUCUCAGCCUGGCAUGCAGGGAGGAUACCCUCCUCAGCAGAAUGGUGCGUUUGGGCAGGUGAGAGGCCCUCAGCCUGGCUAUGCAGGCCCUUAUCCCGGGCAACCAAACUACGGAGCCCCUGCACCAGCACCGGCUCCUGCUCCACCUGCACAGAAAAGACUUGACCCAGAUGCCAUUCCCAGCCCGAUCCAGGUAAUAGAGGAUGACAAGGCUAAGAGCACCGAGCCAUUCACCACAGGGGUCAGAGGUCAGGCCCCACCGCUGGUCACCACCAACUUUCAGGUCAAAGACCAAGGGAACGCCAGUCCCAGGUUUGUCCGCUGUACGGCGUACAAUAUGCCUUGCACAGCCGAUAUGGCCAAGCAGUCUCAAGUGCCACUGGCCGCCGUCAUCAAGCCCCUCGCCACGCUGCCGCCAGAUGAGACCCCUCCGUACCUGGUGGACCAUGGCGAGGGCGGUCCAAUCCGGUGCAACCGCUGCAAGGCCUACAUGUGUCCCUACAUGCAGUUCAUAGAGGGAGGUCGCCGCUUCCAGUGUGGGUUUUGCAGCUGCGUCACAGAGGUGCCUCCACAUUACUUCCAGCAUCUGGACCACACUGGGAAGAGGGUGGACUGUUACGACAGGCCGGAGCUCUCGCUGGGCAGCUACGAGUUCCUGGCCACUGUCGACUACUGUAAGAACAACAAGCUUCCUCAGCCUCCAGCCUUCAUCUUCCUCAUCGACGUGUCCUACAACGCUGUGAAGAGCGGCAUGGUCAGCAUCGUCUGCCAGGAACUCAAGACCCUUCUAGACUACCUGCCCAGGGAGAACCCAGAGAUGGACUCCGUGGUGCGGGUGGGUUUCGUCACCUACAACAAGGUUUUGCACUUCUACAACGUCAAGGGGAGCCUGGCGCAGCCCCAGAUGCUGGUGGUGUCGGACGUAUCGGACAUGUUCGUGCCCCUGCUCGACGGCUUCCUGGUCAACGUCAACGAGAGCCGGCUAGUUAUCGAGAGUUUACUGGACCAGAUCCCAGAGAUGUUUGCAGACACCAGGGAGACGGAGACGGUCUUUGGACCCGUGAUCCAGGCAGGACUGGAGGCACUGAAGGCUGCGGACUGUGCAGGGAAGCUGUUUGUGUUUCACACCUCUCUGCCCAUCGCCGAGGCUCCUGGGAAAUUAAAGAACAGAGAAGACAAGAAGCUGAUCGGGACGGAUAAGGAGAAGUCUCUGUUUCAGCCUCAGGUGGGUUUCUACAGCACCCUCGCUAAGGAGUGUGUAGCCCAGGGCUGCUGCGUAGAUCUCUUCCUCUUCCCCAACCAGUACGUGGAUGUUGCCACGUUAGGGGUGGUUCCCGUCUCCACCGGAGGUUCAGUCUACAAAUACACCUACUUCCAGGCUCAGUCAGAUCAGGAGCGGUUCCUGAACGACCUCAGACGAGACGUCCAGAAACUAGUCGGGUUCGAUGCCGUCAUGAGGGUGCGAACCAGCACAGGUAUCCGGGCGACUGACUUCUUCGGCUCCUUCUUCAUGAGCAACACCACAGAUGUGGAGCUGGCAGGCCUGGACUGUGACAAGGCCAUCACCGUCGAGUUCAAGCACGACGACAAGCUCAGCGAGGAGACAGGGGCGCUCAUGCAGUGCGCCGUGCUGUACACCAGCUGCAGCGGACAGAGGCGUCUCCGCAUCCACAACAUGGCCGUCAACUGUUGCUCUCAGCUGGCUGACCUCUACCGCAACUGUGAGACCGACACAAUCAUCAACUUCUUCUCCAAAUACGCUUUCCGUGGCAUCCUGAACAACCCCACUAAGGCGGUGAGAGACACUCUGGUCAACCAGUGCGCUCAGAUUCUGGCCUGCUACCGGAAGAACUGCGCGAGCCCCUCAUCAGCUGGUCAGCUCAUCCUCCCAGAGUGCAUGAAGCUGUUACCGGUCUAUCUGAACUGCGUGCUGAAGAGCGACGUGCUGCUGCCGGGAGCCGACGUCUCGUUGGACGACCGGGCUUACCUGAGGCAGCUGAUCAGCUGCAUGGACGUCGCAGAGACACACGUCUUCUUCUACCCCCGCCUGCUGCCACUGAUGAAGUUGGAGGGCGGGUCGUUGCCGGUGGCGGUGAGGGACUCGGAGGAGAGGCUGUCGAAAGGUGGCGUUUACCUCCUGGAGACGGGGCUCCACCUCUUCCUGUGGGUGGGAGCCAGCGCUCAGCAGGAGCUGCUGCUCAACAUCUUUGGCACGCCGAGCUUCAGCCAGAUCGACCCGAGCAUGACAAGUCUGCCAGUGCUGGAUAAUCCCUUCUCUCAGAGACUCCGAGAGAUCGUCGACUCCUUCAGAGCGCAGCGAUCACGAUACAUGAAGCUGAUGGUGGUGAAACAGGAAGACAGAGCUGAGCUGAUAUUCAGGCACUUCCUGGUCGAGGACAAGUGCGCCAGCGGGGGAGCGUCAUACGUGGACUUCUUGUGUCACAUGCACAAGGAGAUCCGCCAGCUUCUCAGCUAGGCCACCCCCCCACCCCCCACCCCCCUAUCUGAAAUUCCCAUGUUCACCUGUAUGACUCCCCACCACUGACCCCUGCCUGGUUCACCCCUCCUUGUGAAAGAAAGAAAGAAAGCGCUUUAUCUUUUUUUUUUCUUUUUUUUUUCUUUUUUUUUAAAAACCUAAUAAACUAAAGCUCUCCUUACUGUCUGCCACAGACCAGCUGGCAGAUCUACUGUCGUGUGAGUGGUAAUGUGUGUGCAUGUGUGUGUGAGAGUGUGUGUGAGCGAGCGAGCGAGAGAGAGAGAGAGAGAGAGAGAGAGAGAGGAUCCGAUGUUAAUAGAGCUUUACUCUGCCUCAAAUCUCCUGCUCCAACACAGCAGGAGCAGAAUAACUGACGAGGGAGGGUAAUGUGUAUAUACACACGUGAACAAUUAUGUAUGCAACAGACUGAUCGAGUGACGGGGGGGGGCGACUGAUGUUGACUGUAGUCGGUGUACUGUCUGUAUUACUAGCACUGAAAGGCUGUUUUGGGUGCAGAAAUGACCCUCAGAUAGCAAAACACUUUUUAUAUGAUUGAAUCCCAAUAGAGUGAAGGACAUCUACAUACCAAGACAUAAUGGAAUUAAAUAAAUGCUGUUCUUUCUGUAUCUUCUCCCCUUUAAUCAUGGCCUUAGUAUCCCCUCCCCAUGCUGCUCCAAUCAUCCAUAAUGUGUGCGUGCGUGUGUGUGUUUGUUUCCAGAUGUGAGGGGAUUCGUUGCCCACUGCCCAACUCUUGUUUUCCAGGUGUGAGCAUCUGAAUUUAAGCCCUAGAUUAAAAGCUCGAGCUGGAGUCUGGUGAGUUCUCACCUGCGGAAAUGAUUUAAAAUCUAAACUCUGGUUUCAGCGUCCACAGAUAAACUGAAAAUAAAGGUGCACUGACAACCAGUCAUUACAGUAAUUGGUAUAAUCCAGAUUUGUUCCAAUCAGCUUCAGUUGAGUUUUCUUUGUUGAUGCGAACAUCUGGCUCCAAUGUUUGGCCUCGGAUGAACCAGAUGUGCAUUUGAAAUUGCUGUCAUGAUUCUGUUUAUGAGAGUUUAAAGUCUAUGCAGCACUGUGCGAGGCCAGAGAUGAAAUAAUAAAAAAAUAAAAUAAAAUAAAAAAAAUCAAGGAAGGGUGUGAACUUUUGAUGUCAGCUUCACAGUGAUGGGAAAUUGAUCAGUUUCUGUGGAUCAUUCUGUCUGUUGACGGCGUGUAUGUGCUGCAGACUUUAAAAUAAUCAGAAGUUUUGAUUUCCAAAAAUGUAUUAAAAACAAAAUGUGAGUUCCAGCAGACAGAAGUGAGCACAGAAGGACAGCGGAAAACUGGACAUCAGUUAAUGUUUGCAAACUUUUGAGUUGUAUCCACACUGACGAUGUUCGGUGUGUAAAUAAAAUAUAUAAUCUGUACAGAAUUAAUAGAAAAUUACAAUUUUAAAGACCUGCCUGAGCAGCUGUGGUUUGUUGGUGGUUGGUUUCUCUAUCACAGAAGCCGCAAUAUGAAGUUACGGCUUUUACUGAAGGAGGAAGACGCAGAGGCUUGCUUUGUGGUAUGCUUGUGUGUGUGUGUGUGUGUGUGUGUGUGUGCGUGCGUGCGUGCGUGCGUG